CUCAGUCGCAGUCUCAGAGUCGAUCGCAGUCUUAGUCUCAGUCUCAGUCCCCGUUUUGGGUCUCAGCUUUUCGGUUUCGGUUUCUGUUUCAGUCCGAGUUGAGCGUGCGUCGGCAUUGGCAGCAACUACUUCACCGUUUCCUUCGAUCAACAGAGUUUGCGUUGUUAUUUGGAUUUCGAUUGAAUCCAAGUUUUUUGUUUAUAACCGUUGAUAUAUCCAGCAGCAAAUUGGCGCCACCUACAAAUCUAGAGCCCUAUACCAUGGCCGUCAUUGCGGAGCAUGGUAAGAGCAGUCGCCAAAACGUUAAAAGCGAAAGCAACGGCAAGAUCGGCGUUACCAAAUCGGACUCUGAAUCCGCGCCGCAUCCCAUUCAGCGGCAGCUGAGCAAUGCAUUGACCAUACCCGAGUUCUUUGCGCAUAAGAACAUUUUUGUGACCGGCGGCACAGGAUUUCUGGGCACAGUGCUGAUCGAGGCACUGCUGGACACACAUCCCGACAUCGGAACCAUCUACGUGCUGGUGCGCGGCAAGCGCAAUCAGGAUCCCAACGAGCGCAUUAAUCGCUUGCUCCAGAAGCCGAUCUUCCAGAAGUACAAUGAGAAGACCUUGGCCAAGGUGGUGCCAGUGGUUGGCGAACUAACUGAGCCGAACUUUGGCUUUCCCAGCGAGCUGCUGCAGGAGCUGAUCGAGCGAGUCAAUGUGAUCUAUCACAGUGCCGCGACAAUCAGAUUCAACUCGCACCUGCGCACGGCGAUCUUCACGAAUCUGACGGGCACCAUGCGUACCAUUGAGUUGGCCAAGCAGUUGAAGCAGCUGUCCGCCUACAUUUACUGCUCGACCGCCUUCUGCAACAGCAACAAUCGUGGCCUGAUCACCGAGGACGUGUACAAGUCACAGUUUGACCCGUACGAAAUGAUGAAGAUGGCCGAGAACGAGGAGGCCUGGGUGGACUUCACGCAGCAAAAGUGCAAAAGCUACCUCAAGGAUCAUCCCAACACGUACACGUUCACCAAGAAUCUGUCCGAGAAUCUGCUCAUGGCAGAGAUGGCCGGUCUGCCGGCAGCCAUAGUUAGGCCAUCCAUAGUAUACGGUACACUGGAGCACCCCAUGAAGGGCUGGGUGGGCAAUGCCAACUCGGGUCACCUGGGCUUCCUGGCCGGCUUUGUCAAGGGUAUCUUUCGCACCAUGUGCGGCAGCGCGAGUGCCAUCAUCGACAUCAUACCGUGCGACUAUGUGAUCAACAGCUCCCUGGUCAUGGGCUGGUAUGUGGGCACACGCAAUAUUAAGGAGCCGGAGAUAAUACACUGCACGUCGGGCGAGGUGAACCCGCUUAACCUGUCGCAAUUCUGCGAUAUAAUCAACGAUAGCGUCGAACGUCAUCCGCCCAACAGUUUUGUCUGGAAGCCAUCCACGAAGCUGCGCAAUGGCUGGCGCUAUAAUCUCUUCUUCUAUCUGUUCCAUCUGCUGCCCGCGAUGAUUUUCUACAUACCGGAGAAGCUCUUUGGCAUUGGCAUGCCGCAGCACACCGCCUACGAAUAUAUGCGCGUCUUCCAGAAUGGCACCAAGGCUUUCGAUUACUUUCUGGACAAGGAUUUCCGGUACUCCAUGAAGAAUGCACUGCGCAUCUCCGCACUCAUUCACGAAAGCGAUCGCAAACGUUACAACUUUGAUGCCAGCCGCUGCGAUUGGUCAGAGUUCAUCGAUCGUUGUCUGAUCGGCAUCAGGCGUUUCUACUUCAAGGAGUCGGCGGUCACUACGCAAUGGCAUCGCAACUACUGGAAGGUCUUCAACUUCCUGUACUAUGCCGGCUUCGUAGCGAUCUUUGCUAUACUCUACUUUGUGCUUACCCCCUUCCUGGGCUUCUCCGUUGGCUUUACUGUGGCGCUCCUCGUAUGGGCAUUCCUCGUCUGGUUGUAAGGUGAUCGUUAAUGGGAUCGGUGGAUCAUACAUAUUGUGCAAUAUUUUAUCACCUAUACACUCUCACACAUACACACMCWCACGUUCAGCUCAGUCGUUCCCAUCGUUYUUCAUAGGGUAUCAUCAUGUAAUUAUACUUUAAAGUCUCACACUUGAGUACAAGUCAGCUAUAUAGUAAAAUCGAAUAAAAAUAUAUAUCUGUCAAUACCAAUACCAAUACAAAUACAUAUAGAACUCUAAAACAACGAAAACAAGCCCAAAACYUAGCUCAAAUGGUAGUCACUUUAUAACAAAUAGUCCUGGUAUAUAGUCAAAUAGUCAAAUGUUUGUGCACUUGUAAAUUACGAAA